UGACCAGACCCUAACCCUGACCCCUGGCCAACGACCCACCAGGGUGAUACCUUCAUCUACGUCGCGUCAAGCUCAGAACUUUGUUUGUUUCCUUUCUUCUCCUCAGAGUAGAAUCUUCGUCGAUAGGCGCCAAUAGACUAGCUUCCGUGCUAUGCUUACCCUGGCCGUGACAAUAUGGACGUCUAUGGGGCUUUUCAGCUUUCUGCUAUCGCCGUUCUGGCCGCCCCAGUAACAGUCCGGGUAUCCGAUACUUAUUUUUUCGGCCCAGGCCGAAACAUCAUCUUUGUGUGGACCGGUAUAAUCCUGGCUGGCAUGCUGAGUCUCACCGUGGAGUUUUACCGCAGCAAUGCCAUCCACUGCGAUGAGAGCAACUGGGGAAACUUCACCACAUACAACCCAGAAGAUUUCCCUUAUUCUGUGGGGAAUCUGUGUGGAAUCACCUGCUCAGAGGAACAUGGCCCCUUUUCUCCCAUGAGAAAGGACGCAACGGCCGAGAUUUACAUAAUACCGGCGCCUGUCAAAUUCAACUUUGGCACGGCUACCCUGACCGCCGCAGCUUGCUGCAUCCCGGCCAUUCUAUCGCUGGCAUCUUUGAUGAACAAAAUACGCGAGUUCAAUUGGAGAAGAUCCCGUAUGGGUGGCUGGCGCGACGCCAAGCAGGAUCCUGGCUUUGACGAGCCCAUCGAUGGAUUCCACGGCGCCACUUUUAGGACCAUGAACAGCGUCAACAACAAUGUCAGACAUCUUUUGAGGUUCAUUGAAAUUCCCCUCUUCGCCGCCGCAGUCGCCGCCAUCUUGAUCAUUGGAGAGCUGAACCUCUGGGACCCGCACAUCGUUCAUGGCACUGAACCAAUAGCCAGCGUUGGGCAGUGGGCACCCAUAGUCACGGCUGGACUGGCAGCACUGGGGUCUCUGUACCUCCUGAUAGAGAAGGAUGCCACGGCGGCAGAGAUGGAGGAAGAGGCCAGGCAGACUGGAAAUUCACCUGGCACAGGAUGUUGCAGCUGUACACAGCACCACGGUCAAUGGUCAUCUCCGAUCGACUCACAUAACCACCACCCUUGGUCUGCCGGCCCCACAGAACCUUUGCGGACGUUUGACACUGCCGGCGAAGGUAGCAACAAUUCAUGCUCUCCGAUCCUUACAAGGCAGAACAGUCGAAUGAAGAUUGCCAAAUACAUCAACAAGAUUGGCAAAGCCAUCAGCACACCCGCAUCCGACUUGGACGACGCUUCAUUCCGGGCAGGCCCCGCUGGCGACUUUCCUGAGGCUCCUGGGGAGCGUCUAAGGGACCCGAGGAUCCAAGAGAUCCAAAAGGUCUACAACAUCUGGCGGGACGCAAACGGCAACUCGUACGAGAUCUGCCAGUCCUGGCCCUCUUCCAAGGAUUCCACCGAGGAGCAGCACCUUGCAGGAUCGGAGGUCAAACGCAUCCGACAUGCCGCAGCUUUCCUUGACCAUAUCAGCGCCGGCUCCUGCAAUGGCCAGAGGGAGGGCUCCGGUUCGGCGGCGGGCGACACUGGAGGUCCCUGCGCAGAACUUUACCAGCUCCGACGGGCUUCAGGUGUCUUCCCCGGCAAUCGUCAUAUCUGCCUCCUCGGAUGGCGAAUCAGCUACUACCACACCCAGGACGUUGUACAGGGAACCUUUGCAGAUCCCCACUGCGUCAACACCCUCCCCUACAUGACUUACCUGAUCAGAUGUCCCCCACCACCUCAACGCAUGGCUCGUCUCAUCACAUGCCAAUCGCAGUUUUCUUUUUCAUCAGGCCGUACUUUUUGUCCCUACGAUGGCGAGUUCGGACGCAUCCAACGACGACCACUCCCUCCAUGA